AUGAAAGCCGCUUUUUCAGCACAAUACAACCGCCACUUUGUCUCAGCCGGCGUUGAAAAAACCAAAUACCUCCAUCCCGAGUUGGUCGGCGCUGCAAGGUCAGCAUCUCAAGCUGCUGGCUCCGUUCUACAAAGCAUUUCGGGAUCCACUUCUAACGGACGGGAUCAGAAAGAUGGGAUAGACAGUGUUGAUAAUAUUUCAGAAUCAGGAUCGACAGAUAUGCUAGGUACUUUCGUCGCACCAAUACCACCUGCCAUACCGGCCAACUCUGCACCUACUUUAAACAACACUUACCCUUCUCAAUCUCAUUCAUCUUCCUCAUCAACAGAAGCCAAAAGGAAGCGGUCACGUUGGGACUAG